GGUCACGCCGAAAGAAGUCCUGGCGCGCGCGCAUGCAUGGCCCCUUCAGGCGGUGGCUCCUCCUCGCAGAGGGCCCUCAGUGCCUCAAGCCGCUGCUUUCUCGCCUGGCCUUUCAGGGUCCUGCUACAGCACCAACUUCGCCAACGCAGGUUCCAGGGAAGAAAAAUCUGAGGACCAAGACUUACAGGGCCUGAAGGACAAAUCUUCCAAACUCAAAAAAGUAAAGAAGGAGCGGAAAGAAGAAAAGCAACAUGAGCAUGCACACCCUUCACCUGAACCAGCUGAAGCAGGCAAAGCAGAGAUGUUGGAAGGAGCUGGGACUGCCCCAGCUGUGCCUGAAGCUUCUGCCUCUCCAAAACAGCGUCGUUCCGUCAUCCGGGAUCGUGGCCCCAUGUACGAUGACCCCACUUUGCCAGAAGGGUGGACUCGUAAGCUCAAGCAAAGGAAAUCUGGUCGCUCAGCGGGGAAAUACGAUGUCUACCUUAUCAACCCCCAGGGCAAGGCCUUCCGUUCCAAAGUUGAGCUUAUCGCCUAUUUUGAAAAAGUGGGAGACACCACUCUGGAUCCUAACGAUUUCGAUUUCACGGUGACUGGACGUGGGAGCCCCUCACGGCGAGAACAAAAGCCUCCCAAGAAACCCAAAGCCCCCAAAACCUCCAGCACAGGUCGUGGACGAGGCCGGCCUAAAGGCAGUGGCUCUGCCAAACCCAGAGGAGCUGCCUCGGAAGGUGUACAAGUGAAGCGGGUGAUUGAAAAGAGUUCGGGAAAGCUGCUGGUCAAGAUGCCUUUACAGUCCUCCAUAGCUGCAGCAAAGGCGGAAGGCACAGGUGGGGCGACCACCUCAGGACAGGUCAUGGUUAUCAAGCGUCCUGGGCGCAAGCGGAAAUCUGAUUCAGACCCCCAAGCUGUGCCCAAGAAGCGGGGGCGCAAGCCAGGCAGUGGAGUGGCAGCUGUAGUGGUUGAAGCCAAAAAGAAAGUCGUCAAGGAGCCAGUAGUUCAGGCCGUCCGAGAGACAGUACUGCCCAUCAAGAAGCGCAAGACCCGUGAGACUGUCAGCAUAGAGAUAGCCAAGCCAACUCCACCUCCCCCGAGCAACACAGGGGAGUGGAGCUCCAAGGGACAGCGAACAGCUGCCAAGAGCCCAGGGCGUCGCAGCAAAGAGAGCAGUCCUAAAGGGCGAGGUGGCAAUGCAGUGCCAACCUCUGCCCCUUCCUCCUCCCCUGGCAAAAAGGAUCAGCUCCACACUCCCCAUCAGCCACUUUCAGAGCCCCAGGACAGCCCCACUGCUCAGUCCCCUGAAAGUCCCAAGGACAGCAAGAGCCUUCCAGCCGAACCCCAGGACUUGAGCAGCAGCAAGAGCUGCAAAGAGGAGAAGGCUCCUGAAAGCGACGGCUGCCCCAAGGAGCCACCUAAGACUCAAUCUGGUGGCGCAGCAGUGCCCUACAAACAUGAGCGCAAAGACACUGUGUCGUCCUCCGCGGCCUUGGCCCGGCCCACAAACAGGGAUGAGGCCGUGGACACCAGGACGCCUGUGUCAGAGCGGGUCAGCUGACUUUGAGGGGGGUGAGUGAGCAAAUGAGCGCCAGAGGAAACAAAGAGAGGGCAGGCAGCACUUCCAGCCCCCCCACCCAAGAUGAGACACCGGGUAGCUGCCGGGUAGGACACCCCUUUCCCCACAGUGCCCCAGCUUUCAACCAAUCAAUUUACCCCCCCUUAAAAAAACAAAACCCUCAUUCGUCCUCUGUUUCUCUUCGUUCCCUUACUUUUAAUACAGACAAGCACAGUGUGGGGUACAGAGGUAUGCCUCCCAGGGCUGGAAGCCACUUUGCACUUUUUCUACAGAAUGGGGGCACCCUCUUCUCCCCCGUCCCAACUUCCCUUUGUACCCCGUCCCUUCUGCCAUGCUUUGCUGCAUAUACUACUGACAAGGCAAGCUGUUUGGCAGGGGAGGGAUAACUCCAACUCUGACCUGUCAAUCUGACCCUACUUGCCCUCCAUCUUAAGAAAUCCCAUGGACAGAUUGGGCAGUGGAGGGGGCCAUGUGUGCGUAUUCCACUCCCCUAGUGCCAUGUAAUGUAGUUGUCCAGUCUUAGUCAGAAUCCUGUAGUUUUCAGUAGGAUAUGUGUGCUACGUGUGUGUACACAGAAGAGAGAGAAAGGGAUGGGGCUGUGGAGUGCUGGAGAACCAAUAGUGCCGUCUGUCCCCCAUCUGCCAGUUAGACCAGCAAUUAGGAAGGCUAUCCUCUCUUCCUCCCCCCCCCCCCAUUUCCUCUCUCCCACAGGACAGUUCUGCUGCUAAGAGACCACUAGGCUUCUGGAGGUGACUUUGUGAGCCUGUCCUCUUUUCCUAGGCUAUCCUGAAAGAGAGGGGGGGGGGCUUUGAUUUCGUUAAAGCAAUCUGAGUGUGUGUGUGUAUGUAUGUGUGCUUCUACGUGCACUCGUCACAUGCUAACCAUUAAAAUGAGAAGUUCUUCCAGUUCUCGUCAGUGAUAUUAGGUUAGAGCACUUGUUUGCACUAAUGGAGGCCUUUGCCCACCAGUCGGGAGGCGAUGGUAUGAAAGAUGUCUGGAGUGCGCCUGUGUGUGGAUUGAGAAUGGGGCAUUUUGACUGAAUACCUCUCCCACCCUCCUGUUGGGCAGGAAGGUAGCUGAAUGUUUGUAAAACUACCUGUACUUCUGUGUUAGAACUGGUACAUGGCGAUGGCCAAAGUGAGAAGCCUGGAUUGUUGGUUGGUUUGUUUUCAUUUCAAAGGACUUCCUUCUGGCUGGCAGCCAAGCUCUUCCAUGGCAGUUGAGCACACCUCUCUUCGCUUCCCAGAAAGCAGGGCUCUCAGCAGAAGUAUAGCGUAUACUGGGCGUUGGGCUUUAUAUCAAGACUCUUUCCUCUUUCUUUCUUUCUUUCUUUCUUUCCUUCUUUCCUUUCUUUCUUUCCUUCUUUUCUUUCUUUCUUUCUUUCUUUCUUUCUUUCUUUCUUUCUUUCUUUCUUUCUUUCUUUCUUUCUUUCCUUCUUUCCUUCCUUCCUUCCUUCCUUCCAUCCUUCUUUCUUUCUUUCUUUCUUUCUUUCUUUCUUUCUUUAUACAGAAAAGGGCAGAAAUAAUGGACAGGAAAGAAGAGGAGCAGAGGCCACUCUAGUCUGCAUGUUUUAAAUGUUAAUAUAUAGCACAGAGCAGAAUUACAUACUGCCACCACCAUCUUGUUCAGUUCCAAAGUGCUCCACUGAAAAAAAUGGGGAGCAUGGACCCAAGCCUGGAGUCUGGGCAAAAGGCAGAAGCAGUGGUUUGAAAGGAGUUGCAGCGCUUGCAUAGGAUCACCACCAUUUCCUGUCUUGUUCCGUAGGUCUGUGAAUGCCCCUGUAGACACACAUCUGUUGAUCACAUUUCUUAACAUAGCCCCAGAAGUUUCUGCUAUUAACCAGAGCAGCAUUGUGGAAGGUAGGCUUUUUUCUCCCACUGGGGAAAGUAUAUCACAUUGUGAUAUCUGCCCACCCCCAUGGCAAAGAGUCAGAAGCAACAUUUAGAUCAGGAAUCUAAAUUCAGUGCCACUAUUCUUAUCAAAUCUGGAGUCUUCUACAGGUUUUUUAAAAGUCUUGGACAACUCUGACAAGUUUUGGUUCUAGGACAGAGACAUCUUUGUAUACAUUUCUCUCCUCCCACCUACUUGACCUCUUUCCAUGUGGAGGAACAGAUAAAGGACAUGCUGCAUUUCUAGUUAUUAUACAUGAAGGAAUGUGCUGGUCUUAAUAAAAGACUCCAGUUUCAAUUAAUGCAAACCAAUUGUGAUCUGACUAGUCUUCAUUGCAGCAACACACAGGCCUCCUUACUUUUUCUGGGCUUCCUAUCUUAUACUCAGAGAUGAAAGUUGAUUUCUCUUCUUGCUCAGUGGUUGGCAGUGAAAUUGGGGUUGUCUUCUCAUUUAUGUUUACAAAGGGCAAGCGCAAGAUACCUAACUGAAUUCAACUAGAGUUGGGUUGGAGUUUACUAUUAAUGAUGGAUUCUGAAAUAUGCCUCUCUCCACCCAUUCCCAAAAAAACAUAAAACAUCUAAAAUUAACUAGUUGUUCAUUUGGAUGGAGGUUGGUAUCCUGAGAGUUGUGCUGUGGAAACACAAGCAAUAUGUGAAGAAUUACAUGAAGAAAAAAAAUGAGGGAGCAAGAGAUGGGGAGGAAAUAGCUUUGUGGUAGCUUAAAAAUCCAAAGGGCUUUUCUUUUAUAUAUUUUUAAAAGGCACAAAUUUAUUAGGGUUGCAGGAAAGGAAGAAACAGAACUAUUAAAUAGUCAAUAGGAAAAAUAUAGUAUUUGGGGUGAAGUUGCAUUUGUCAGUUUUUAAACACAGUUACAGGUAAGCAACUCGUUAUUUUUAGGUCUGAAGUUGCAUUUAUCAGUUUUUAAUAUGAGGCAUCAUGCCUGACACAAAUCAUUUACAUCUUGGUUCCUACGUACUGGCUGCCAUGCCUCUAGCAUGGCAGACUUCCCUUAUUUAUUCUAUUAGAAGGAUGUGGGGGGGGGGGACUAGGCAGGGAUUAGCAGAUGGGAUACAGAACUGUCCACUACUACUCCUUAGCCACAUUUUGUGUAACAUUUCUGUAUACACACAGCAGUAAUGUGAAUUGCAGCUGUGUUAGCUGCAAUUACACCUGGUUGAGACCUGAAGUGCAUGCCAUUCAAAAUUUGGAAUUGCAGCAAAGGAAAAUACUUGCCAGUUUUCUCGUGUUUAAUUGUGUACAACAAUUAUGUAAAGUGGAGGAAUGAGGAAAAGGUAGUGCAAAACUAGGCAUGCAUAUCUACCAGAUCUCUCGAAGGAUUGAUUGAAUUAACAUGUACAGGUGUACAUGGGGUAUUUAAAAUCAGAUUUACUAGGAGAAAAGAUAUUUUGGAGAGGAGGUUAGGGAAAGGUAAGUGGGCAUGGAGAGGGAAUUCAGUUACUCUCAUUUUCAUGUAGCUUUUGCUCUAAAACUUAGGUUCACACUUUUAUACAUGUAAUUGGAGCAAACAUGUUGAAAAAUGUGCCACUGCCAUGUGAAAUUUUGCCUUCAGUAUGACCUUAUUCAUCAGGUAUAAGGCAUUAUAGUAUCCUUUAAAGAUUCAUAACAGUAAAUAACAGCCUCUUAUCUGUCCCUUCGGCCGCUCUUGAUGCCACAAAACAUGACUUCCUGAGAGAACUGAUUGAUCUUAUAACCAGUUUUUUAAAUGUUUUCAUGGAGAGAAUGAUGCACUUUAAAGCCAAGGGAUAAAAUAUAUCCUUUCUUAUUUUCCCCCUUGUUGGGGGUAGAAAUAGAGCCACAAGGCCUUUGCUGACUAUGAUUCCGAUGGUGUCUUGCUUAAAGCCUGAGAGAAAUAGGCUUGAACUGCACCUGGAACUAGCGGAGGCAUCUAAAUACAAGUUAGAGAUCCCUAUCUUCUUAGUUUAAAAAAAGAUAGCUUCAAUUUUCAUCUUGAGUGAGUAGAUCGUCUUUAGAUCUGUAAUACAUCCAGGAUAAAGUGUGCAGCUAGGGACAUGUGAGAGAAGAAAACCAGUGCCUAGGGCAACCCAGAUUGAACCAUUUAGAAUUAAGCUGUGUGUGGUACAUUAAAUAUGUAUUGGACAGAUUAAUACCUCUUGCUCUGCCCCAUCCAGUAAGUGUGUGGCGCUGAUCCAGACUGGAAAAAGCACAGGUUGGGGAGGCUUAAACCUUCCCACCAGUUGGUUCUUGUUCCAAAACACUGUGGGCUUUAAGGGCCAUGUAUGACUACUUGGAAGCCAGAAAAGGACCUUAAGCUGCACAAUACAUACUUAAUGAAUGAUAUUGUUCAACUGUCAUUCUGAGCUAACCUCUUCUGAAUUGGAACAGCUUGCAAUACCCUGUGGUAUCAUGAUCCUGGGGCUUUCUACAUUCCAGACAAAUAAGAGGUGUGAUAUCCCCCUUACCUCUGUGGUGUGAUGUAGGGCUUAAUGGGAAUGGAUUUCUGACAAGGACAUAGGGCCAUACAAAAUGUUUGCUCGCAUACCUUGGUUGCUACAAAGCAGGGGAGGGCACUUUUUGUACCAGUUGGUAGAUAAACUGUGUUGAUCCCACCUAUCUCCUCUUCUUACGCAGUCCCACCACUUCUUUGGCAUCUUUUCUUGCUUUGUUUUGAAGCUCUUCCCAGACUUGGACUGUCCCUUCCCAAAAUCAAAUUUGGCCCUAAAGAAGGGGAUUGAUGAGAUGAAAUGGUAGGAUCAAUUGCAGAGUGAAAGAAAUCUUGGCCGCUUCUCAUUACACUCCCCUCACCUAAUGAUGUUGGAGCUAGCUGCUUCUCUUGGGUGAGCUAACCCCAGUUGUCGUUUGGCAAUCUGGUGGUUCCUUUGGAGGGGCACAAAGUUGGGUCUUAGGGCAGAACUGAAGGCCACCCAGCUCUGCCCACUCCCAUCCAGCUCAGCCUCAGAGACAAAUGCCUGAUGUCAGAGAGAUUGCGCAAGAGGUUUCUACCUUGUUAGCAUUGUGAACCACCCAAUGUUUUUGUGUCAAGUGAAAAUAAAACUUCUUGUCAAUUUCAAUUAUUAUCCAGAAAUGUGUAGAGUUUAACGUUAGAUCUAAUUCUUUUGUUUUUUGUUUUGUUUGAGGAUUUAAUUUCUGUUUGUUUGUGUGCGUGUAUUGUUGUUUUUUUAAGGCACCAAGUAGACAGAGAGAAAAAUGUCUAAUUUUUUAUAUCAGUAUAUUGCAUUAUAAAUGAGGGGUUGCUUUUUUCUGCUUGUUGCGCCACUACAAAACAAAGACAGCAGACAAGGAAUGACAUGAUCUGUUGAGAAAUUACCAUAUGUUGCUUCUUGACCAUUAUUCCUGGUGUUCAAUAUCAUAGGACAAGGAAAAAUAAAACGGACCCAUCAAACCUGCCUGCCAGUAAUUUUUCUCCAUGUUAGAGCUGAACUGCCUUUUAGCUCUGGUUGUGUUGUUACAGUUUUAGAAAGGGGCUUCCUCUUUUUUUCCCCUGUGAGGGGAAAUCCAACAAGGUGGCUGAGUAUAGCUAACGCUUUUUAAAAAAUUGCGCUCGAGUCAACUUACAGGGCAGAGCAUGGGUUUCAUUUUAUAAAGAGGAGGAAAGGCAUGGAAUGUUAUGGGGAGCUCAUAAACGCAAGAUUUAAUUCUGCUUAUGGCUACUUUGGUGGAAAACACUGCAGUAGGAUAAUGUUGCUGUUGGAUAAAUCCUUUUGAUUCUUAGUUGAAUCUCCUACUGCUCUUCCUCUAGGGCUGACUGCACAUUCCUCACAAAAUCAUUCUCUGUGUUCUGCCACUACCCCCUGCAGUUUUCAGACCUUCUUCGGACCCUAGCACUCCCAUUGAACUGUGUGCCUUGCAUGUCAGCUGGCAUAAAUGUAGAGUUUACUACCAUAGUGUGUCUCCCCGUAACCAGUGAAAACCUGCCCUUGCCCUCUUGUUUAUCUCGUUUGGCACAAUAAGCCCAGAUCUAAUUUCCAAAGACAUCACAUCUCUGCUUGAUGUUAUGGGUCAUUCUCCUUACCCUGCAUAUAGAAGUGGUUCCAAUAAUAUGAAUAAACAAGCAGCGUGAUAAAUUCCUGUGUCUGCCAGAGAGAAUGGGCGAGAUCAAAAUUUUAUCCCCUUGAUACAGUUUUUCCAAACAAAGAAGUUUCCCUGUCUCUAUUUUUAACUUUGGACACGGUGAGCGGGCAGUUCCUUAGGGGGAGAUUUGCCCGCUGUUACUGUAUGCUACCAUGAGUGGCCAUUCUGGAGUAUUCGGUUUCCUCCAAGAGCUUUAUUCACGCAAGUGCUGGUAGCACUAUGAUAUCAGGGCCCUUCUAACCUUCAUCAGAUCAAAGGCCUGAUGUGUUUGGAAAGUAGAUCUUAAAGGGUGAGCUUUUUAGCGUUUCUCUCUUCCGUCCCUACUACAUCCCAGGAGAGAUUAAGGAGGGGUUGUGUGUGCUCUCCGCCAGCUUCUGUUUGCAAGUUGCCAAAAUCAGCAAUACCCACUUGGGAGGUAGCAAUCUAAACUUGCCGUUCUUCCAAAAAGCAAAGCGAACUAGACUAAAUGCAAAUUUACACUUGGAGUGGGGCAGGAAUGCAGCUAUAUUCUUCCUAAUUGGGGGGGGGGGGGGGGAAUCAACCUAUGAGAGGGUUUCUUCCAGUCAUGAGCCUGAAGUUCCUUUUCCAAGCCAGACAUAUGGUCAGAGCUUAUUUGCAGUUGUGUGUUUUUAGCUGCAAAUAUAUAUAAGUGGAUAGAGUUGCAAGGUUUUUUUAAAGUAUUUUGGGGCUUUUCCCCCUUUCAUGAGUGUAAAAAACAAACAAAUUCCCCAACUUGGGAAAGUUUCCCCUCUCUAAGAAUGGGGGGAGGGGGAAGAAGGGGGCAAUCCCUUCCCCUGCUUCCAUCUGUCAACAUGCAGCGAACAAGAAACCAACUUCCUCCUGCUUCACCACUCCGUAGUGCUCACCAUAUGACCAAAUAUUCCAAGGACUGUUAUUCAAUGUAUGCUGAGUGCUUGCUGCCCUGUACAGCUCUUACGCCCCACAUAGUUGACACUCUCGCUAGUGGUGUUCCUACCUGCCACCUGAUUUUAUUUGUUAAAUUCCAGAGACACAGAUUUGGGGGGUGAGGGGUGUUGUCUUCUUUCCAAUAGUCUUCCCCUCCCCCCUUGAAAACAUGACAAACCUGUGGUGUUUUGAGACUCUCCUUGUGCAUAGGGUUUUAUCUCCCCAUCCACCCCGACCUCUGGAGAGGUGGGUGGGAAAUCGAAGGAAUGUUGGUGAAAACCUUAUCUCUGUGUGUGUUGUUUCUUUUUUUAAAAUGGUCCACGAGUAUGUAUCGUGAACAUUUCUGUAAAGUAAUUGUUCCAGGCACAAACGCUUCAGAUUUUUUGAGUGUUUCAGACAUAUGUAUAUAUUUUAAAAGGGAGGUACAGUGUAUACUUUUUAUUUUUGUCUUGUCUUAUUGGCAGUACAAAGAAAAGGGAGGUUAACUGGGGGAUGUGAUCAGUGGAGAUUUUGUUGUGUGUGUGUGUGUUUUAUUUUUUCAAUAGGCUUUCCCAGGGUAUUUUGUAUAGCUUCUAUUUCUAACAGUCCACCACCAGUAGGCAAUGUAGCAAAAAAGUGUGAGGUGGUUAGAUUCCUUCAUAUGAAUAUUCUUUGGGCUGUGAUAAUGAACCCAGAAGGACCUAGCGCCAAAAGGGCAAUAAAGAGGAAUGCGAUGAAACUUUCUACUAGAUUCAGAGUUGAAUGAACGUCCCAUCAAUGUCUAAAGUAAACCCACAUUUUUUUUAGUGCAAAGUGCUCGCUACUAAUCUAUAUAGAUGGGAAUGUACGUUUCAACCAUAGCAAUUCUCAAAUGUUAGAAGAAUGAAAAAUUACAGAGAAGUUUCCAAAUAAGACUUGACGGAAGUGGGGAUUGUAGCAAAUUCUAUUGGCUCUUUUUGAAAUACAUUUUCAAAUGCAUUGGCAUUCUUCAGCCCUACCCCUAUUUCCUGGCAUUUGGUUAAUGCGUUUUUGGGACAAUUACUUUUAAGAACUCUGAGUAGAUUGUUUAAUAAAAUUUAAAACUGAUUGCUCUUUUUGUAGGUUUUGUGUACAGCCAAAAACAAAAAAAAGACUGAAAGCACUGACUAUAUUUAAAAAAGAAAAAAGAAAUUUAUUAAAGGAAAAUUUGUAUAAUUUCAGUAAGAAAAUAACAAAAUCCGUCUGAAUGUACAUGUAUAUGUUUAAAAGAAAUCCACCAAUUCCUCUCCCUACCCUUGUAUCCUAUUUAUUAUAUAAAAAGUUUGCCUUAUAAAUUUACAAGAAAACAGUCCUUUCUUUAUGGGUGUCUCUUAUCUUUUUCAUUUUAGUUGUUUUUAAAACAACUUGAUUUAAUUUUUUUUCUCUUUUUGGCAACAAAGAUGCUGUGGCAAUUGCAUUUUAUAUAUCUAUAUCUAUAUAUAUGUAUGGUCAUUUAAAGAAACUAUAUUUUUUAUGUUAAACCAUUAGGUUCAGGCCCAGUCUUAGCACUCAGCAUGCAUUCUACACAGUAAUCUAGUUGCAUCUCAUGUUGGUAAGUACUGUAUUCUGUGCUAGAAUUGGAUUAUAAACUUAUGUAAAUGUUACAGAUAUGUUUUAAGCCUUUCAUUACCAAGGUAGAAAUGUUCUGCCCUGCCAUUAAAAUAUAAUAUUUUUUUCUC